CAGUUCUCCCAGCUCACAUGUGGACAGAGCUGCCUGCUCAGGCCUCCAGGAUGACCGUCCCUGCCUCCUGGCCCCACCCCCCUCCUUGCCUGCUGCUGACUCUACUGCUGGGACUCACAGGAGGGGCAGGUGAAAAUGAGCUGCCGGUGAUUCAGCCUGAGAAGUCAGUGUCGGUUGCAGCUGGAGAGACGGUCACUCUGAACUGCACCAUGACCUCCCUGCUCCCCGUGAGGUUUAUAGAGUGGUUCAGGCAGACAGGGACAGGCCGGGAGUUAAUCUACAGUUUCAAAGAAGGCCACUUUCCCCGAGUAACAAGUGUUGCAGACACCACAAGGGGAAAUACCAUGAACUUCUCCAUCCGCAUCAGUAACAUCACGCCCGCAGACGCUGGUAUCUACUACUGUGUGACAUUCUGGCAAUGGUUCCCUGAUGUGGACUUUAAAUAUGGACCCGGAAUUCAGCUGCUUGUGAGUGCCAAACCCUCUCCCCCCGUGGUAUCGGGCCCCACGGGGAGGGCCCCACCUAAGCAGACAGUGAGCUUCACCUGUGAGUCCCACGGCUUCUCCCCCCGAAACAUCACCCUGAAAUGGUUCAAAGAAGGGAAUGAGCUCCCGGCCUCCCAGACCUCCGUGGACCCAGAGGGAGACAGCGCUUCCUACAGCGUCUCCAGCACAGCCAGGCUGGUGCUGGCCCCGGGGGACGUUCGCUCUCAGCUGGUCUGCGAGGUGGACCACGUCACCCUGCAGGGGGGCCCUCCUCUUCGUGGGACUGCCAACUUGUCUGAGACCAUCCGAGUUCCGCCCACCCUGGAGGUGACCCAACACCCUGUGGCAGGGAAUACGGAGACUGUCACCUGCCUUGUGAAGAAGUUCUAUCCCCGGAGCCUACAGCUGACCUGGUGGAAAAAUGGAAACUUGUCCCAAACAGAUAUGGCCUUGAUCCUCACAGAGAACAAGGACGGAAUCUUUACCGGGAUGAGCUGGCUCCUCGUGAAUUUAUCUGCCCACAGGGAGGACGUGGUGUUCACCUGCCAGGUGAAGCAUGAUGGGCAGCCGGUGGUCACCAAACACCUUACCCUGAAGGCCUCUGUCCACCAGAAGGACCAGGGGUCAGACAUAAAUACAGGUGAGGCCACCACUAUGUCUACUCAAUUCCUCAUCGCUUUCCUCCUAGGCCCCAAGCUGCUGCUGGCAGUAGGUGUCUCUGCCAUCUAUGCCCACAGGAAGCUCAGGGCCUGACU